UGCUGGGCUCGAUGACGUGGCCUGGCAACGUCCCUGCCGGUGCGGCCUCCGGAGAACCGGCGCCGCCGAAACUGCCCGCGGCCUAGUCCCCUGCGCUCGUGUGCUUGUGAACCGGAGCUGGGGACAGCAGUGGCGGUCCGGCCUGCUAGGACUAGACGGGGCUGCUGCCAUGGGGGAGUGACGCGCCUGCGCCCGCUGUUCCGCGGCAGCGGCGAGACAUGAGGAGACCCCGCGGCAGGGGCAGCGGCGGCGGCUCCUGAGCCCGGGGAUGGAGGAGAAAUACAGCGGGGACGCGCUGACCAGCCCCGGCGGCGGCGGCGGCCUCGGGCGGGUGGACGUGCCCAGCGCUCGUAUUAACAAAUAUAUUGUGUUACUAUGUUUCACUAAAGUUUUGAAAGCUGUGGGACUUUUUGAAUCAUAUGAUCUCCUAAAAGCUGUUCACAUUGUUCAGUUCAUUUUCAUAUUAAAACUUGGGACUGCAUUUUUUAUGAUUUUGUCUCAAAAACCAUCUUCUGGGAAAACUGUUACCAAACACCAGUGGAUCAUAUUUAAACAUGCAGUUGCUGGGUGUAUAAUUUCACUCUUGUGGUUUUUUGGCCUUACUCUCUGUGACCACUAAGGUAAAUAAAAGACUUUGCUGCUAUUUGAACACAGUGAUAUUGUUGUUAUCUCACUACUCAGUGUAUUGUUCACUAGUUCUGGAGGAGGACCAGCAAAGACAAGGGGAGCUGCUUUUUUCAUAAUUGCUGUGAUCUGUUUAUUGCUUUUCGACAAUGAUGAUCUUAUGGCUAAAAUGGCUGAACACCCUGAAGGACAUCAUGACAGUGCUCUAACUCACAUGCUCUACACAGCCAUUGCCUUCUUAGGUGUGGCAGAUCAUAAGGGUGGAGUACUAUUGCUAGUACUGGCUUUGUGUUGCAAAGUUGGUUUUCAUACAGCUUCCAGAAAGCUCUCUAUAGAUGUUGGUGGUGCCAAACGUCUUCAGGCUUUAUCCCAGCUUGUUUCUGUGCUUCUUUUGUGCCCAUGGGUCAUUGUUCUUUCUGUGACAACUGAGAGUAAAGUUGAGUCUUGGUUUUCUCUCAUUAUGCCUUUCACAACGGUUAUCUUUUUCGUCACGAUCCUGGACUUCUAUGUGGAUUCCAUUUGUUCAGUCAAAAUGGAAGUUUCCAAAUGUGCCCGUUAUGGGUCCUUUCCCAUUUUUAUUAGUGCUCUUCUUUUUGGAAAUUUUUGGACACAUCCAAUAACAGACCAGCUUCGGGCCAUGAACAAAGCAGCACACCAGGAGAGCACUGAACACGUCCUGUCUGGAGGAGUGGUAGUGAGCGCUAUAUUCUUCAUUUUGUCUGCCAACAUCUUAUCAUCUCCCUCUAAAAGAGGACAAAAAGGUACCCUUAUUGGAUAUUCUCCUGAAGGAACACCUCUUUAUAACUUCAUGGGUGAUGCUUUUCAGCAUAGCUCUCAGUCGAUCCCUAGGUUUAUUAAGGAAUCACUAAAACAAAUUCUUGAGGAGAGUGACUCUAGGCAGAUCUUUUACUUCUUGUGCUUGAAUCUGCUUUUUACCUUUGUGGAAUUAUUCUAUGGUGUGUUGACCAAUAGUCUGGGUCUGAUCUCAGAUGGAUUUCACAUGCUGUUUGACUGCUCUGCUUUGGUCAUGGGACUUUUUGCUGCCCUAAUGAGUCGAUGGAAAGCAACUCGGAUUUUCUCCUACGGGUAUGGCCGAAUAGAAAUUCUCUCUGGAUUUAUUAAUGGACUUUUUCUGAUAGUAAUAGCUUUUUUUGUGUUUAUGGAGUCAGUAGCUAGAUUGAUUGAUCCUCCAGAAUUAGACACAAACAUGUUAACACCAGUCUCAGUUGGAGGGCUGAUAGUAAACCUUAUUGGUAUCUGUGCCUUUAGCCAUGCCCAUAACCACAGCCAUGGAGCUUCUCAAGGAAGCUGUCACUCAUCUGAUCACAGCCAUUCACAUCAUAUGCACGGACACAGUGACCAUGGGCAUGGUCAUCGCCAUGGAUCUGCAGGUGGAGGCAUGAAUGCUAACAUGAGAGGUGUAUUUCUACAUGUUUUAGCAGACACACUUGGCAGUAUUGGUGUGAUUGUAUCCACAAUUCUUAUAGAACAAUUUGGAUGGUUCAUUGCCGAUCCCCUCUGUUCUCUUUUUAUUGCUGUAUUAAUAUUUCUCAGUGUUGUCCCACUGAUUAAAGAUGCCUGUCAAGUUCUCCUUCUGAGACUACCACCAGAAUGUGAAAAAGAAUUACAUAUUGCUUUAGAAAAGAUACAGAAAAUUGAAGGAUUAAUAUCAUACCGAGACCCUCAUUUUUGGCGUCAUUCUGCCAGCAUUGUGGCAGGAACAAUUCAUAUACAGGUGACAUCUGAUGUGCUGGAACAAAGAAUAGUACAGCAGGUUACAGGAAUACUUAAAGAUGCUGGCGUAAACAAUUUAACAAUUCAAGUGGAAAAAGAGGCAUACUUUCAACAUAUGUCUGGCCUGAGUACAGGAUUUCAUGAUGUUCUGGCUAUGACAAAACAAAUGGAGUCCCUGAAAUACUGCAAAGAUGGUACUUAUAUCAUGUGAAAUAACUCAGGAAUUAUCCCUGGGAAAUGAACAAUAGUUAAAUGACUCUGUUUAUAAUAUUGCCAGGACAAAAAUUUCACAUAAUUGUACAAUAACUUUUCAAGCUCCCUACUGUUGGAUCAAGGAAUCUUUGUUAAAGAAAAUUUAAAUACAGAAUUAAGCAUAAUGGUAUAAGAAAAGUAAUUAACCACAUUUGAAUUAUGUGUAUGAGAGCAAUCUCAAGAUUUGAGUGAACAUGAUGUACUGCAUCGUCUUCAAAAAUGGACACAAUGAUGGAUUCUGGUGAAGACCAAAAUUACUUCGGUAUGUUUACUUUCUAUCAGAAAGCAUCUCCAUUGUAAAUAUGUAUUUACAUGUUUAUUACAAAGACCCAAAUGAAAAGUUUUUAGUCAUUUUUUGCAUAGCCUAAGGAUAAAAUAGGAAUAAAAAUUCUAUAUUUAUGGAUUUUCUGUAUAUAAAACUCUUUUCUAAUUAUAACUUAAGUCCAUUAAGUAAAACGUUUUGCCACUUUAAAUGUAAACUAAAUUAUUUAGAAGAAACUUCAACCACUGAUUUGAGAUAAGCAGUAAGCAUAGGGAAGGAUAACAUUACAGUUUUUGAUGUAUUACAAAACCAACCACUCUGUAAAAUAAAUUUUUUUACUUUUGGUAAUAUUUGCAAAUGAAUAAUUAAUUUAUUAGGGUAAAGAGCUUAGUGUAAGUUGUGUCCAUGUUAUUCAGUUACUUGCCAUCUUCCUCCAAAGUAGAAUAUUCCAUUUCUUGUUACUCAUUUGGCAUUCCAAGCUAUUUAUCACACUGGUAUCCAAGCAAUCCUAGGCUUCUCAACUUCUCAUUUGCCUCCAUAUGUUCUGGAACAGCCAACUGAGAGAAUCAUAAGUAAUUGCCAAUUCAGAGUUUAAUUCUCUGCCUAUGGAUAGAAUUUUUUCAAAUUUCUGGAAAAGUGUAGCUUUAUAAGAAAUAAUCAAAGAAUAGUUGUUAUGUCAAGUUUAAUAAAUAAAACUUGUCAGUAAACAUUUGGACAGCAUGAAAUCAAAAUGCCAUGUAAUUACUUUCAGUAGUGAUAUCUAAUUAUAUUUUCUAAUUUUAACUGGAUAUAUCAUCCAAAAAGAUUUUAUGAUAAAUAUAUAAUAUAUGCAGUUUUAUGAACACCAAAGAAUGUUGUCCAAAAGAUAUACUUUUGUAUAUCUAUUUAUAUGCAUCUGAAUAGUUUCAUUUUUAUGCUAGGAAUUUUGAUAAGUAGGAUAAAUUUAGUAUGGGUACUAUUUUCUUAUCUAUCUCAUAAUGGCAAACAUGUACUGUAAAUCAUAUUUUUGUCUUAGCAGUUUUAAUAUGUGAGGAAUUUUAGAAAUUUGCUGUAAGUUAUUUUAUAAUCCUUGUCUUCUCUUUGCACAUUUUUUGGUCCAGAAUCUUCAGUACAUAUUAAAAUUUUUGAGUGGUGGGAAAAUAAUUGCACAUUGAUGUUUUAAUGCAAUUUUUAUAAAGAUUUUUUAAAUAAAAUUUUUUUAAGCAGUUAGGUACAAUAAAUAUUGUACUAACGUUAAAAUUUUAUUUCCCUUAGAAGGCAAAUAACAGCAAAAAUAAAUUAAUAUGAUUGAGAACUAUAAGGAUAGAAGAGAAGUGGGGCUGACAGUUAAGGGGAUAUAGCUGCAAAUUAGAGCAACUAAGUUUUGAAAGCAUCAACUUGCCAUUUCCAGUUCAUGGAAGCCAUGUGACUUUAGGCAAAUCAGCCUCUUUUUUUAUAUAUUUUCCUCAUUCAUAAAGGCAGUCAAAUCUGCUCAAAUCUACUUCACCAGGGUUUGGGAACCAAAGGAAUAAUGUAUGUUGUAAAGGGCUGAAUAAAGUUGAAGAAUCAUUAUUUUAACUUGGA